AUGAAAAACCUAGUACUCUUUUAUACAAAUUCAAGCUCUAACUGUCGUUGCGUUGAAGCUAUCGCAAAAACAAUUGGAAUUGACUUGGAAUUCAAAUUCAUAAAUCUUUAUCGUGAAGAAAAUUUAAAUCCAAAAUAUUUAUCAAUUAAUCCAAUUGGAACAGUUCCCGCACUCAUUGAUGGAAAUAUCAAAGUUUUUGACAGUCAUGCAAUUGGUAUUUAUCUAGUUGAAAAGUAUGCUAUAGUGGAUUCUCUAUAUCCAAAAGACCUACUUAAAAGAACUCGUAUAAAUCAAAUAUUGUUUUUUGAAGCGAGUUAUUUAUUUGCAAGACUGUUUGAAAUUCACGAUUCAAUAUGCAACGGUCGAGAUUUAACUAUUUCUUCUGCCAAGAUCAAAUACGUUGAACGGGGAUACGAAAAUACCGAAAGAUUAUUCUCUGAAGGAAAUCAAUUUGUAGCGGGAAAUGAUAUGACAUUGGCUGAUUUUAGUGUUUGGUCAACGCUUCUUGUUCUUGAUCUCCUUAUCCCAAUCAAUAAUCAAAAAUAUCCGAAACUUCGAACAUAUUUAAAAUUGUUAGAAGAGCAUCCAUGUUAUCAAGCAAACUUUGGAGGUGCACAGAAACAAGCUGAUUUUAUAGAAAAAUGCAUGGAGAAAGCAAAAAAUUAUAAAAUUAACACAUUCGAGUUGAUUUAUCCGAGACCACCAAUUUAA